CCGAGCUACAACUGUUCUACAACACUUUCCAAUUUGUUUCUAAAAAAUUUACUCAACAUACGUGUCUGAACCGGUGUCGUGCUAGAUUAAUUGUCUUUCAUCUGGUCAUCAGGCUCGGUCGACAUUUUUGGUAACAGAUAAACCAACCCUUCCUGCGUAUCCCCUUUCGUUCCGUAUUAUUAGAUCGACGAACAAGAAGAAGAACCCUCCACGACAACAUAAGAAGCUGGAUUACGCAUUUGGAGAGAGAGAGAGAGGGAUUUGAGUUUUGUUGGCGGCGAAUGGUGGUGGGGGGAUGGAGUUCUGGCCGGAGUUCUUGGCGAGCAGCUGGGGGAGGGAGUUCGUGGCGGGAGGGGUCGGGGGGAUGGCGGGAGUCAUCUCCGGCCACCCCCUCGACACCCUCCGAAUCCGCCUGCAGCAGCCCCCCCCCAGCACCGGCGGCAUCGGCCGUGCCUCUGCGGUCCGGCUGCUCCGUAGCAUCGUCGCGGCGGAGGGCCCUUCCGCCCUCUACCGCGGCAUGGGGGCGCCGCUCGCAUCCGUCACCUUCCAGAACGCAAUGGCGUUCCAGGUGUAUGCAAUCCUCUCCCGAUCAUUCGACUCGUCUGACGAUCCGACAGAACCGCCUUCUUACAAGAGCGUGGCGCUGGGCGGGGUCGGGACAGGUGCACUUCAAAGUCUAAUGCUAAGCCCCGUUGAGCUCGUCAAGAUCCGCCUCCAGCUCGGCGGCGACCGCUUGGGUCCGCUGGGCACGGCCAAGCACAUUCUAAAACACGAAGGGCUGCGGGGCAUAUACCGCGGGCUCUCCAUUACGAUCCUCCGUGAUGCUCCGUCCCACGGUGUCUACUUCUGGACUUACGAAUUUUCUCGCGAAAAGCUUCAUCCAGGGUGUAGGAAAACCGGGCAGGAGAGUCUCGGGACGAUGCUCGUGGCCGGGGGGUUGGCCGGAGUGGCGAGCUGGGUGUGUUGCUACCCGUUGGACGUGGUGAAAUCGAGGAUUCAGGCGCAGGUGGGGUUCAAGAGGUAUAAUGGCAUUGUGGAUUGCUUUCAGAGGAGUGUGAGAGAAGAGGGGGUGUCGGUGCUGUGGCGCGGCCUGGGAACGGCAGUUGCGCGCGCAUUCGUCGUGAAUGGGGCUAUCUUCUCGGCGUAUGAAUUGGCUUUGAGAUUUUUGGCUAAUGGCAAUUGACGGAUUGUGAUCGAGGAGAAUUGACGCUUGUGGAUCAGAAGUAUCAAGAAUCCCAAUAUGAUGACUUUAUUAUACAUGAAAGCUCAUUCGUAACAACUUGUUCAUUUUUUAGUGAGGCGCAUUAUACUGUAGUUGGGCGAUCUUAUUGUAAAUAUGAAACAGAAUAGACCAUUCUUUGAAGCUCCUGCAAAUAUAGUAAAUUGAGGAACGAUACGGUGAAAAUAGUUGAUUAAUGGAAUACAUAUAGUGGUGCGAAUUGAAAAUGUGUGAACCUUUUCUCAACUAUAAAGGAAUGAUGAAUCUGUCCAUGGGAUCGAUCUUUA